AUGGACAGCCGUGUGUUUAAUUUGUUAGCGUUGAUUUUAAUUUUUCUUUUCCAGACUCUCCGAAAGUGCAAGACCAGGAAAAAGCCGAGAAGUCAAAGAGAAGGGAAAGGCGCAUGACCUGAAAACUCUGAUCCCCGGCCAUAUUUAUGAAGCGUUUAAUUGGAGAAUAACCAAGAUGUCUAUGUUUUUUUCCAAUCGACGGGCAAAUUACAUGGUAAGUACUAUAUAAUUUAUUUAAUUAUUUAAUUUAUUACCCAUUUAUUAUUUUAGGUAAUUGAUGGAGACCAAGAAGAUGAACAUCUUAUGCCAAAUAUUCACAACUCUCAUCCUCCGCAGAUGGUGUAUAACAGUUCGGAGGUAGCCUUUGAAGGGGAUAAUCCGAGGUCCACAGACUUCACAAAAAGCCAAAGACGAUGGGAUCACAUCGAAGAUAUUGACCAGGUGAGUGACCUUUGAUGUGAAUUACGGGAUUUUAGUUUUUUUCUUUGGUGUACGAAUACCAUCGAGGUAAUGGGUUCCUCUGCAUUUCUUUAAAACAUCUCUUCGCCCUUUUUCAAUUCAUUUUUGUGGUUUCAAUCUCAACAUUUCUCAUAGAAUGUGUCGAUUAUGAUGUCCUUUUCAACAACAAAAAUACGACAACUGAUGGGACGGUUAUCUACGGAAAACGACAUAUUGGUGUACGUUUUUUUUGUGGAAAAAAUCGUUACACUACAUUGCACUGACAAACACUUCUUUAGGAUGCGAUUAUUGAUCAGUGCCCGGCACAUUUCCAUCCUCUUAUUGUUGUAACUUUGCUGAUGGCGACCUUCUUUUGGGUUGCUCAUGUCCUUCGAGUUGGCUAUCGAUUAUUGCAACUAUUCGAGAUCCAAAAGUUUUAUCACAACGUCCUCGAUAUCACUGACAAUGAUCUACCUAACAUCCCGUGGAGAGAAGUCGUUGAUCGAGUGUGCAAAGCCCAGCCAGAAUUCCAUUUGAUUGUAAAUCAAGAUGAAAUCAGUGUUCUGGAUGUGUAUCAGAGAAUCUUGAGGUAUAAGAAUUACAUGAUUGGUCUUGUGGACAAUGUAAGUAAGACUUUCCUUUAUUGAUGUUUGUUUUAGGAUGUCUUAUCCCUUGAAAUAUCACUGCCGUUUAUUGGAAAAGUCGAUUAUCUUUCCUCUGGUCUCAGAUUGAACUUGGAAUGGCUUUUCUUCAGAGGACCUUGGGCUCCUUGGAAGGGACCCUAUGCUUUAAAGGAUGAAUUCAAAGAUCCGGAGAGUCUUGCAGCUAUUAGUAAGCUUGCGCGAAAUUUUUGAAAUGUUAUUCUUUCAGCGGAGCAAUUCGAGAAAACGAUUACUUACAUGGGCCUGGCCAAUCUGGUCCUCUUUCCCUUCGUAUUCAUAUACCAAGUAUUGUUCUCCUUUUUUUCUUAUGCCGAUCUCGUCAGAAGAGAUCCCGGAGUGUUUGGAUCUCGGAAGUAUUCGAAUUUUGGAAGGUACGUCUUGUUUAUAAUACUUUUUAUUUAUAUAUGUUAGACUGAAGUUGAGACAUUACAAUGAGUUGGAUCACGAGUUGAAUUAUCGCCUAAACAGAAGUUACGAGUACGCGGUCAAGUAUAUGGAUCAAUUUGUGCCUCCUUUGACUGAGAUUGUCGCCAAGUCGGUGGCUUUUACUUGUGGAUCCAUCUUCGCCAUAAUUUUCUUGCUUUCCGCUUGGGAUGAGGAUGUUCUUAAUGUAAGUAGCAAAGGGUGUAUGUUCAUUUUUCUUUUAGAUUGACCAUGUAAUCACUGUAAUGACGGCUACUGGAGCCAUUGCCUUGUUAUGCCGAUCAUUCAUCGGCAAUGAGAACUUGGUUUUAUGCCACAAUUUCCUGAUGAAACAAGUGGUCGCAAACAUCCAUUAUGCUCCUUCUUCAUGGAUCAAAGGAAGUCAUUCUACGGAGAUUUGUGCGGAAUUCAGUAGACUUUUCCAAUUGAAGGUCUACUUUCUUUUGGAGGAGUUGUUGUCUCCUCUGAUCACUCCGUUUAUUCUGCUUUUCAAAUUGAGACCUAAGGCCGGGGCUCUGGUUCAUUUCUUCCAUGAUCAUUCCCGGUAUGUUGAAGGUAUUGGAGAUGUCUGUGAAUAUUCGCUGAUGGAACUACCCAAAGAUCAGGAAGAAACUCAGAACUCCGCCAAUCUCCCACCAAGCCAGGUCUUUUCAUACGGGAAGAAGAAGGAUACGGCCAAAGUGGAACUCUCGAUUUUGAAUUUUAUUACUCAGCAUCCAACCUGGAAACCAUCACAUGAAAAUGAGGAACUAAUCCAGAGAAUCAAGGCAAUGGUGAGAGUUUUGUUUUUGAAUCGAAUGUUUUAUUAUGUAUGUAUAAUACAUAACCUUUUUCAGUGGACCAAAGAAGUUGGAGCUAUCUUUGAAAAUGAGAAUAUUGCUCAGAGCAUUCACAUGGGCGUCUCCGAGAGGGCCAUAGCUGCGUCUCUUAUCCAUUCCAACAAGUCGGUGUAUAAUAAAGAGGAAGGAAAGGAAGAAAGCAAAUUUGCUGAAUCAGCCGCCGCCGCUAUGUCGACCUCGUCGCUGAUCCAGUCGAUGCGAGAGAGCACUGCCUUGGCGGCCCCUGUUGCCAGAUAUCUACCUCUAAACGAACAAGCAAAGGGUAAAAUUUUAGUUUUGAGUUUGUACCGAAUCUUUCUUGUGUUUAUUAAAUUUAAAAUUGUAGAUGAGCAAUUGAAAGCAUUGGAAAUGUCGAUGAAUGCCCUUACCAUUACCAGUCUCCUCCAAGACAAAAAUCUUCAUUCAUCUCCGAAUAAUCCCUUUUAUGGAUCCAAUUUACCGUCCACUUCCCAAGCUCCACAUCGCCCGACUCAUUCACAAUUACAGUCUAACAUCUGGGAAGUAGCCGACAACAGCUUCAUCAUCAACGAAUCCCAAUACGAUGAGAUCAACGAAGAACCAGAGGAAGAAGAAGAUCAUGAAGUUCUCCCUCCAGGCGGGUUUAAUGUCUAA